AUGGGUGUCUGUUUUGUAUGUGAUACAAAAUUGUACGGCGAACGGACACGGGUGUGUUCAAGCAUUACAAAACAUGGUCAAUUAUCUUACCCAGAAAAAAUUGCUGAGCUUUUGGGAGAUGAUGUUGUGGUUAUUGUUACCCCUGCUGAUCAUAUGUGCAAGAAAUGUAACUCAUGUUUGACUUUCAUGGACAAGGCGGAAAAUGAUCUGAAACUUGUUAAAAGAGCAAUUUUGUCAUUUAUAAAAAAGAAAUAUGGAAUAUUGCCUCCUGAUCAUGUUGUUGAGGAUAUUAAUGUUGUUAAUGGACACUUAGUAGUAGAGGAUCAAGUAGAACAAGGCCAGUGUAAUGUGUCUAGUGGUCUGAAAAUAGUAGCUUCUCCUACUGUGACUACUGCUGCCCCUGUUAUGCCGGUUCAAACUCCAUCAAAAUUGUUAAAAACACAACAACAGCCACAGCAGCAUCAACAACAACAACAACAACCACCAACACAACAAGAAAGCAAAAUUAAAAUAUACAAGUGCGCUUGUUGUGCAUUCCAAUCAAAAGAGCUUGGGCAUGUUCGAUUCCACAUGCGCACUCAUGUGAAAAAAAAGGAGCCAGAAAAACCUAUUCUAAAACAAGCAACGGCUAGAUACUUAACCCCAGAAUCAGAACCAAAGAAACGAAUUUAUAGAUGUCAACUAUGUUCUAAAUCCUUUGAUGGUCGAAUGGAAUGCAUUGAUCACAUUAAGCAAAAUCAUAAUCAGUCAGCUCCAUCCACCUCAAAUGCAGAAAAAGGAAUUGAAGAUUCUCGUCCAGUUAUAUCUAUAUUAAAGAAACCAAAACCACCCAAGACUCAAGAAAAUAAUCAACAAGCGGAGUCUUCUGUAGACAAAAAUUUACAGGAUGACAACAAAGACACUAUUGACACAGAUAAGAUGUUAAAUGACUGUGUCCUCACUGAAGGAUCUGUAGAUGUUGAACAAAAAGAAAAAACUAAAAACUCUCAAGAAGAUAUGACUCUAAAAGAAGAAAAAUCGGAAAUAAAACCUGAUCUUACACAUGAAAAAGCCAUAGAAGAAGAAGAAGAAGAUACAGCCAUGCUUGGACAAGAAGAAGAAGAUCAAGAAACUCCUGACAGUGUUAAGAUAGAAUAUGUUGAAGAAAAUGAAAAUGUGAAAACCAAAACGCAAGACUCGGACAUAGACACAAUAUUAGCCGAAAUCUAUAAUGAUAAUCCUAAUAACAAUGAGGAUACACAAAACAAAGAUUAA